CAGACCAAAAAUGCAGUUUGAAAAAGAGAGUAUUUGUGGCGUAGAAAAUACGCUGGGUGGGCCACAAGCUCCCUGCUGAACUCUCGGUAAUGUUAAGGGGGCGGGGUCGUUCAUGCCAAUGGUCACGCCCACAACUCAGAGGUAAAUAUCUGUGAUUCGAUGUUAUUAUGUCCUGGAAAGCGACACUGAGUUGUAGAUUUUGGCUAAGAAUAUUAAAAACAUAAUUAGAAUACUACUUUCAAAAAAAUGAUCGGAAGGCUCUUUAAAGGGAUUGAGAAAAGUAAUUAAUGCAAAAUAAUUCUCAGAAAUACAUUUUUGACCUUUUAAUCAUAUUUAUUAUUACGUUUUAGUUGCAAUUUGUCAAAUUUCUAUUCUAAAGCCAAAUUUAUUAUUAAUUGUUUAAACAAAGCUAGUGAUUUAACUGGAAAAAGAAGCUUCCAUUCAUAUGUUUGUAAAUUCAGACAUGUUAGCUAUAAAGUGGUAAAAAAAUGCUUUAAGGGAAUUUUGAUAGUUUGAUUUGAUUAAUCAAACAUACAUUUUCUGGGUGGAAGUCGAUUUGAUUUUAGAAGCAGUCAUUCUAAACCCAGAUCAAAACAUUUCAGUGCAAAAACAGAAAAAAACAAUUUACAUUUAGCACAUUUUACCCAUCUGCAGUAAUUUAUGGAAGAACAGGUAAUAAGAAUUGCAAGUUUCAUUUGCAGAAGUUGCUUCUAACUCUGCCUUUAGUGUAAAAUUUUCUUCAAAAAUCAGAGAGAUUAGACAUUUUAGGGACACGUUUUUUCAAAUACAUGAGGAGUGGACUUUGGAAAAGCUAUAAGUAGCAGAAAACUCUGUAUAUCAGCCUUAUCUCAAGUAAACAUUUCUCUAUUCCCUAACAAACAGAACGAAGACACGUCAUCACCGAAAAAAGCCCACGUUAUUUUAAGAAGGAGACUUGUUUGGUACCUUGGACUGGAUUUAGCCAGCUGUCAUCUGGAACAACCUAAAACACAAUUUCCUUCUGCAGUGUUUUGAUUAAAGCGCUCCGACAGGGCAGGUCUGUGUAUAAAGGAGGUGGCUCGCGUCAGUCAACCAGGAUAUGAAUGUUUGUUUUAACAAUGUGUCUGAAAGCCAAUUCUCCCAACAUGGUGCUAUUUAUCUGCUGCUGGAGGGGAUAAUGCGUGGAGCUAUCUUUGCCUACAUGUACGCUCUUGCUCUGGAUGGUUGCCUGAACAGGCAGUUGCUUCGACCCACAUGGAGGAUUUUUCCAAUAGAUGUGAACUACCUCUGCGAUCACUUUUGAUCCACACCGAGAGCCUUGGUGACAUUUCUAGAUAUGGAAAAUCCAAACAAGCUCAAGUUAGCUGGAAGCCAGUAAGAACCAGACGACCAUGGAAGGAGAAGUCGUGCCAAACUCCACGCUGAACGCCAGUACGACAGACAUCCACCUGGUGACUCACAACCUGUGGGAGGUGGUCACCAUAGCGACGGUGUCGGCUAUCGUCAGCAUCAUCACCAUUGUUGGGAACAUCCUUGUCAUGCUGUCCUUCAAAGUCAACAGCCAACUGAAGACGGUCAACAAUUAUUACCUGCUAAGUCUGGCAGCUGCUGAUCUCAUCAUUGGAGUUUUCUCCAUGAACCUGUACACCUCCUACAUCCUGAUGGGCUACUGGGCCUUAGGGAGCCUCGCCUGCGACCUCUGGUUAGCGUUGGAUUAUGUGGCGAGUAACGCCUCAGUCAUGAAUCUCCUGGUCAUCAGUUUCGACAGAUAUUUCUCCAUCACGCGGCCUUUGACCUACAGAGCCAAACGGACUCCCAGACGAGCCGCCAUCAUGAUAGGCUUAGCCUGGCUUGUGUCCCUCAUUCUCUGGGCUCCACCUAUUCUGUGCUGGCAAUACUUUGUGGGGAAAAGGACGGUCCCCGAGAGACAAUGUCAGAUCCAGUUUUUCUCAGAGCCGGUGAUCACGUUCGGAACAGCGAUCGCUGCCUUUUACAUCCCUGUUUCGGUUAUGACGAUACUGUACUGUCGGAUCUACAAGGAAACUGAGAAGAGGACAAAAGAUUUGGCGGAGCUUCAGGGAGUUAACUAUCUGGCAGACAGCGGAGUGACACAGCCUCAGAAAACCAUCAUCAGAUCCUGUUUUAGCUGUAAGCUACGUUCAACUUCCCACGAAAUGAACCAAGCCUCCUGGUCCUCCUCUAGCAGGAGCACCGCCGCCAAAUCAGCAGGCACAAACAGCGACGAGUGGUCCAAAGUGGGUCAGCUCACCACCUUCAACAGCUACGCCUCCUCCGAGGAGGACGACAGGCCCGUGUCUCCGGCGGACUUCCAGACCUCCCUCAGAAACGCAGAGAGCGAGGACAGCAAGAGCGGGGUUGGGAGCGUGAGCGAACAGCUCAGCUUCUUCCAGACGCCGCGCAGAAGCACCUCUCAGAAGAGCAGCAAGUGUGUGUCUUACAAAUUCAAGCCAAUGGCUCAGGAGCCCCACGCGGAGCACCACAGCAACAACGGAGACUCCAAGAUGGUGUCAUCAGCCUUCUCCUCGGCUGAAUCCAUGACCCUUCCCUCCACCUCCUCAGCAUCUAAGCCUAUAGACGCCACGCUGAAGAACCAGAUCACAAAGAGGAAGAGGCUGGUGCUGAUUAAGGAGAGGAAGGCAGCGCAGACGCUCAGCGCCAUCCUGCUGGCCUUCAUCCUCACAUGGACGCCAUACAACAUCAUGGUGCUGAUUUCCACCUUCUGCUCGGACUGCAUCCCCCUCUCCCUGUGGCACCUGGGAUACUGGCUGUGCUACGUCAACAGCACCGUCAAUCCCAUGUGCUACGCUCUUUGCAACAAGACCUUUCAAAAAACCUUCCGGAUGUUGUUGCUUUGUCAGUGGAAGAAGAAACGGCUUCAGGAGAAACUCUACUGGUAUGGACAAAACCCCGUGGUCAGCACCAAGAUGUCAUGACUUUGUUUUUUUGUGUGAAAUCUGUAAAUAGUACAUUUUUAUCAUCUUUUUUACCUUAGUCUCCAGUGAUCAGUGAGGUGCAUUAUUAUUGUUGCUCAUUAGACAAUAGUUCUUACAAUAGCCUUUAGCUAAAUGCUGCUGAGACUUUGCAAGUAGAGCAACAUAACACCAAACUUUGACUUUGUACAUUAAAAAAAAUGUUUUUUUUUUUCAAAUUGAUGAUAAGUGAAAGCAACGUCUUCAUCAUGCAGUUCCUAUGUACCAUAAUAAAUAAUGUAUUAACGUAUGAGAACAUCACUCUUUCUAUUUACCAGUUGAAUACAAUUGGUUUACUCGCUCCAUGGUUCUGACGAAUCUAUUGAUAUUUGCAAGUGUUUAGCUUCAACUUUUAUUUUGAAAAGUUCUAAUCUAGACCAAAAAAAAUUCAAGAUUUUUACUUAAAGAGAAUCAAAGUUUCACACAAGUCACAUGACUGCAUAUAAGACCCAGUCACUCCAGGCUGUUUGGGUUCAAUUCUUUGAAUGCUUGGUGAUGUUUGGGUUGGUGAUGUAAGGGAAAACUGCGUCCUGAACUCAACAGGAGAGCAUUUUCUGUCUAUCAGAGAUUUUUGAGGAUCCGCUUCAACACUGUAAACCUGAAUCUUACGAAAGUAAUACAACAAUUGUUUCAAAAGAAAUUGUCAGCCUAAUCAAUAAAGUUUUUCAAAAGCAGAACAAUCUUAGUUUAAGAAAUUAUGGUGCAACCUAAGCAGUAGGCCUCACUAGAUCAGUGGUGAGCGCUAUUAGCUCUGCCAAAGCUGAGGCAACGGAGCUCACUAGCAAGCUAGCUAGCUGGCUAAGCUGUCAACUGGGCAGCUGGCUAGCACAGCUGUCAAUCCAGGUCCUUCGUGACAUACUGGCGACCUGUCCAGGGUGGAUCAGCAGUUAAGAGGGUUCAAGGGGUGGGUCAACACAAAAAGAGAAAGAUGGAGGUACUGUGAUACCGCAGUUUUCCAGGAUUGUUCACUUGUUCAAACUUUUUGUUUUGAACGUCUGUAUGAAGGCCAGAUUCAACACUUUUUACUGCAGCUUUGAUACAGUGGAAGCAAACUGCAAGGCGGUCCUGGGGACACUCCGGCUACGAGGACAUUGUUCCUCCCUACGGCUGUAUUCACCUACAAUGAUUCUGAAGAAUGCCAAGAAAAAAAAAAAACUUUUAUAUUCCCCCUGAAGGAUUAGGAAACUAUUUUUGAGAUAGAAUACAA